CUUAAAUUCAGCAAUGAAGAUCAACAGCAACAGAGACAAAUGUGGUAACAGAGGAUAGAUUUGGAAACAAAUUACGACAACAAAAACAAAACAAAACAAAACAAUUGGAUCAUUCACAUCAUCAUCAUUAUCAUCUUAAAAUACAAACUUCAUCAUUUAAUUUAAUCCCAAUAUAAUUAUCUUUUUCAAAAUCCUUGAAAUCCAAAUCCGAAAAUUUUGCCAUUUCUACAAAUAAUCACACCAUUAUCUGCAAUUUCUUCUCAAUUUUAGAAACACCCACAUAUGAAUACAAUACAUGAUUAUUAUGGUAACAAUGAUGCGUUGUUACAAUGUCGCAUUCAACACCAUCAUCAAUGAUGUUUUAACCUCUGAUCAUAGUUGUUUUGUUCUUUUCUCUAUACACCCACCAUCUUUUCUCAAGUUUGGUGGCAUUGUUUCAUAACAAUACAAGAAAAAGUUUUGUUUUUGUGCUGAAUUCUACUCAUAAGAGGUGAUGGGUCGUUGCCCUUGUUUUGGGUCUAGAAAGAAAGGGAAAGGGAAGAACCUUAAUGAUCAAGAAGAAGAAAAAAACAACCUUAAAUCUGUUGAAACUCCCUCUUCUAGAAGAUCUGUAGAACAGAAACCAGAGUUGCUUAAAGAAAACACAGAACAGAAACCAGAAGCCAUACCGACGGUGAAUACCGACAAUUCUGAUAAGGCUCGGACAUUUACCUUCAGAGAGCUCGCGACAGCAACAAAAAAUUUUAGGGAUGAAACCUGUAUUGGUCAAGGUGGAUUUGGAACUGUUUACAAAGGAAAGAUAGAUGGCAUUAGUCAGGUUGUAGCUGUUAAAAGACUUGAUACAACCGGUGUCCAAGGAGAGAAAGAAUUUCUAGUGGAGGUUCUCAUGCUUUCUCUUCUACACCAUCCUAACCUUGUUAGUAUGAUUGGUUACUGCGCCGAAGGAGAUCAACGACUUCUCGUAUAUGAAUACAUGCCAAUGGGAUCUUUAGAAUCUCAUCUCCAUGAUCUUUCACCGGAUAAAGAACCGCUAGAUUGGAAUAAGAGAAUGUUGAUAGCGGCUGGGGCAGCAAGAGGAAUAAAUUAUCUGCACCAUGAAGCAAAGCCUACUGUUAUAUACAGAGAUGUGAAAACAUCUAAUAUACUAUUGGAUGAAGGAUUCCAUCCAAAGCUUUCUGAUUUCGGGCUUGCGAAAUUCGGUCCGACUGGAGACCAAUCAUAUGUUGCUACUAGAGUAAUGGGAACACAUGGUUAUUGUGCACCUGAGUAUGCAACUACUGGAAAAUUAACAAUGAGAUCUGAUAUAUAUAGUUUUGGAGUUGUGUUAUUGGAGCUAAUUACCGGACGUAGAGCUUAUGACGAUACUCUUGAGCAUGACAAGCAUCUUGUUGAUUGGGCACGCCCAAUGUUCAGAGACAGAAGGAGUUAUCCAAAAUUAGUAGAUCAUCGUUUGCAAGGUCACUACCCUAUAUCUGGUCUAAGGAUGGCCGUUGAAAUGGCAAGCAUGUGUCUUCGAGAAGAGCCACGUUAUCGGCCUGAUGCAGGCGAUAUAGUACUAGCCCUAGAUUACUUGUCAUCCAAGCAAUAUGUUCCAAAAGGAUCUGGAGCAGUUAGCCCGGGAUCAAUGGAUAUCGACGACUCCCCAAAAGAAGCAUCUAUGAUUUUGCCUAAAGACUUGCUAAGAGAGCAAGCUGUCGCAGAGGCUAAACAGUGGGGUGAGACAUGGAGAGAAAAGAGAAGACAAAGUGGCCAAACUAGUCCUGAGGGAUUAAGAGGGUAAUUUUUUUUCUUUCUAUUCUCUUGUAGAUUCAACAUAGAAAUGCAGGAGGAAGAAAAAUGAAGUUCUUUGAUGCAGAUUAGAAAGUGGCUUGUGUCAACAAAGGUAUAAUUGUAGCUAAAUAAACUAGGUUGGUGGCCAGCAAUUCUUUUAGAAGUGUUGUUUAGGCACUUGUGAACAUGAGGUUUUUUAGUAUUUAUGGGUUGGUGCAUUAAGAUAUGCUUUUUUAUCAAUAUUUUCUAUGUUCCAACAUACUUAGAAAACACUUUUUCCUUUUUCUUUUUAUUUCAUUUUUAACAUAAAAUAGAUAGCAAAUUGAUGACAUUGCAUUGCUGAAUUUUACUCUUGUGUUAAUAUGAGACAUUUAAUCUCAAGUUUGAAGUUUCCAGUUGAAGUUCUUUUCAAUUAUAGAGACCAUAGUGGCUAGUGGGUGUUUACAAAAAUAUGGAGGCUGAAGGAAUUGAUACCAUUGUUGCUUUCAACAUUUUAGUGAUAUGUACAAAAAUGUUCAAAUAGAGGGUUAAAUAUAUUUUUAGCUGUAAAUUAUUACUGUUCAA